AGGACGCACUUCACACACUCCGUGCUGUUGCGAAGCGCUUGUUUGAAUUCCGGCGGAACAGCACUAGGGCCUUGGUGGUGGCGCUGCGCCAGCAUGCUCAGGUCACGUAACCUGUCAGCGGCCGCACUGCGCUCGCUGCUAAGAAUAGGUCGCGGGAGUCUCGGGAGUCUCACUGAAGGUGGCCCUAUGGGCCUGUUGCUGAUGUUCAAGCAGCCAAUGUCCACGGCGCCAAGCUCGGAGGACACCUUCAAACCCUUCAUCGCGAGCGGCCCCCAGUUCAACAUCCUCAGAACACUGGUAAAGAACAAUGCCGACGACGACACCAUUGCCACGUACCUGGGCACCCUGAGCUCGCUGCAAGCCACGAGCUACCGUGACGAGAAGCAUCAGGAGAUCAGGUGCUACCGUGAGGAGAAGCUUAAGGAGAUCGGGUGCUACCGUGAGGAGAUUCUGCGCCUGCAGGGAGAACUGAAGACCACACAAGCGCUGUACAGCGGAGAAGUCAAGCUCCUGACCAAGCGCCUGCAGUACACCAUGGCCCAGUACCUCCGCCAGCUGGGCAUGCUGAGCAUGCGCGGCAUCAUGGAGUACAUUCAGUGCACCAUGCUCCACCCCACGGACGUCAUGUGGGUCAGCUCCCAGGCCCAGGCCUGCUGGCAGGCCUACGUCGACCAGCGGCCGUCACUGCAGGAGUGCCUGCUGAAGCGCCGGCUGGCGGUGGACAACGUGGGCCAGGACCUGGCGGACGUGUACAAGACUCUGUCGGAGGACAUCCACGGCUCCCAGACCCCAACAUUGUACCAGAAGUACGACAGCGUGCUGUACAUUGGCGCCCCGCUGGUGCAGAAGCAGCGCGAGCUCAUCGCGUGCCUGUGCGAGGACGUGCACGUGGCGUACCAGGUGAUGCCCAUCGCGCCGGUCGUGGGCCCGAACGAGGCUUGAGUUGGCGCGGGGUGCUGCAUGUGUUGCGGCAGUCUUGAUGUCGCGAGUGUCAGGUUAUGGCUCCACGGGAAGUGUCAGCGUUUGAUUGGCAGUGCAUGCGCGGGGCUUGCAAACCCGGCAACCACGGCAAGGAGCAUACCGAGGCUGUGUGCAACAGGACGAGGGGGCGCGAUGGAGCAGUAGUGCGCCAGCCAGCGGAGGCGUGCAAUAUGGACAGGAGACGCUUAUGAAACUGCGUGUAGCCGGACGUAUGAGAGGCAAUGCAGGCCGGCUUUAGCCAUGCAACAACACAUGCCUCAAGAUCACGUAGUAUUGAACCUGGACGUCAAUUCAAGGCAGGCGCGGUGCGUGCCAGAUGACACAGUGCAUGUAGACCGUCACACAGCUUUUUGCAUGAUGGCCAGUCCGAUGGGUCAAUAGGGGGCUGCCGUGAGUUGGGUUAACUGCAAUCUAUUGACCACAUCACCAACAGUCUCAGUCUCCGACCAUGCCUCUUGUCACGUAUGCCAAGCAGAGCCACGUCUUCACCACCAAGGACACCAGCUGCUUGGCAUACGUGACAAGAGGCAUGGUCGGAGACUGAAACUGUUGGUGAUGUGGUCAAUAGAUUGUGGUUAACCCAACUCACGGCAGCCCACUAUUGACCCAUCGGACUGGCCAUCAUGCAAAAAGCUGUGUGACGGUCUACAUGCACUGUGACAUCUGGCAUGCACCGCGCCUGCCUUCAAUUGACGUCCAGGUUCAAUACUACGCAAUCGGCCAAGGUCCUGGCGACCAAGAAGCGCCGUGUCUGCUGAGCUGAGAUUACAAAAUAAUCUCAUUGCCGUCCAUCUGUCUUCUCUCGCUGUGCUCGUUGUGUGCGUGGUCUGUGUUGUUAGUAUCAAAAUAGAUACAGAUCGGAGCCAUGUAUGUGAAGAGUUGUGUGUCUGAGGACCGGUGUGUGUAUUCAGUGCUGAAUGCGCAUGCGUAGCGGUGUGCAUACCGUAUGUGUGGCGUCCCUCAGCUCACUGAGGCGCAGUCCAGGACAAGCAAGGGUGCGUGUGGCAUUGGAGUGUUCUGGUACUGUUUGUGCGCUGAAGGCACAUCAUGAUACAAGAAUGUUUCUUAUGCUGGGCGGCUGGAUGGGCGGCUUCCCACAAUGUCGUAUGAGUUCGGUUGAGCAGUGAGGGCUGCAUGAGCUUCAACGGCCGUGGCGCAGUAAUAUGAACCCACGUUAUGAUCGCAACCGCAGCAGGCCGUGGCACGCCGCGCUGAUGCAGAAAGGAGGUAAAAGGAAUAACGCCUCUGUCGCGCCAGCAGCCUCCUUGGUGGGGCGCGGGCGACGCAGCCUCGAUGUGACUCAGCGGACUCCUCCCUGCGGGUUUUAUUAACCGUGGGUGGUCUGUGGCUGCAGAUGAACAAAAUUGCGGUGCCACUUGUCGGAGCGUGUUUGUGAAAGAUACCGUAUUGAGUGGGUUCGCCGUGGUGUUGGUGUCGUGUAUGACUCCCAAUUGGUGCGCGUGCGGACCACUGUGUGACGCCGAGGGCAUGGGGGGCUGGCAUGUGCCACGCUAGCAGGGCACUGCACAUGUCGGCAGUUGUGUAGGCGGUUCUAGCGCUGGGCACGCACGCCAACAGCACACCGCGCAUUCCUGGCGUCAAAUGAGGCUGCUAGGCAUCCCCCACACACAUGCAUACAAACCG